AUGGCUACGGGCAAGUGGCGCCACCGCCACCAGUGCGUACACGCGCCUAAGAUCCAAAAGACCGCGGCGCGGCUGACCAUCCAUUCCGGGAGCUGUCCCAUCUUCCUCGUCGUCCGCCGCCACCCCUGUCCAAAUCCUCCUCAGAGUCCACAUCGAGCCAACCACAGCCACCAACCUUCCUCCUCGUCCAGCCACCACCCAACCUCCAGAUCCAUCCAUCUGGACCCUUGGAUAGAGAUCCAACGUCCAGGAGGUGCUCCCUGCAACUCCCGCAAGCCCCUCCUUCCAUGGUUCCGCUCCACGCCCGAGCUCGUCCUCGAGCACGACGCCGCCCUUGCCGACCCCCGUCGACCAGGGACCCCGCCGCCACCGUUCGAGCUCUCCCACCGGAUCUCCCUCUCUGCCGCCGGGAACGAGCUCCCCACGCCCGGAUCCGCUCCUCCUUCGCCGCGCCAAGUAUUGGAGCUGCACGUCGCCACCAGGGAGCUGUCGCCCCGCCAAGUCCAUCGACGUCUUCCUCCCCUGCUUCCUCUGCUUCACGGAACCGGGGACGCUGCCCUGAUCAGCGAGUCUUCUCGCCGUCCCAGGCCACCAUCGACCACGUGCAACUCCAGCAGCAACCCCUCAUUGCAGGUGCCGACGAUACCAGUGCGGAUGACGCAACCGAGCUCAAGUGGGAGUACAAUGAGGAACGUGGUCGUUACUAUGUUUCGUUUCCUGAUGAUCAGGCACAUCGUCAUUCCAAGUAAAUUUUAG